AUGGCAACGGGGACUUAUGUUCGAUUAACAAAGGAUCAAGAAUCUUCAUUGCAAAAUAUUACUCCUGGCGAGCUUAAUCAACCUAUUGAUGUCCAAAAGCAAUCAUGUGCUAAAUGUGAACAUUGUGGGCAAAAUCUACCUCCAUCAUAUGAACCUCCUGCUGAUGAAGAUUGGGCAACUGGAAUAUUUGGGUGUACAGAAGAUGUUGAUAGUUGUUUGGUUGGGCUAUUUUGCCCUUGUGUUUUGUUUGGACGACACAUGGAGAGUUUGAAUGAUGAAAUUUCAAGCAGAGGAGCUUGUGUUGGUCAUUUAGUGUGCAUUGAAGGUGGGAUUGCUCUUGCUGCACUUACUGCAGCAUUUCAUGGCAUUGAUCCUGAUACUGCAUGCCUUAUUACUGAAGGUCUCCUCUUCUCUUGGUGGGUUUGUGGUAUCUAUACUGGCAUGGCCAGACAAAUGUUGCAAAGAAAAUAUCAUCUUAAGGUGAACUACUCAACUUCUGUUUUUUCAAUUCUUUGCAAAGUAAAAUUGAAGUCGGCGACCAUUGAGAUUAUCACGGAUGAAGUGAUGAUCGAUUUCAAUGUGUUUGGUACAUUCACAAAUUUGCAGCAAUCCGCAUAG